AUGGCGGAAGGUGUAGGGUCGAAGCUUGAAGCUGUACUUAAGAAGUUAGAAAAGCUUGAUACUAUUGAAAGCCGCUUGAGUCAGAUGCACACAACACUAGCAAGUAUUGAAGAAAAUGUAAGCAGGCUGGACUCGGAUGUCGAAGAUCUCAAAACAAAGUCCAAACAGCUUGGCUCAACAGUCAAUGAACUGAAAGAAAGCAUCGAAUUUAAUGAGGAGGACAUAUCCGACUUAAAACUUGAAAACCAAAAGUUACAACAGGAUGUCUGCGAGCUCCAGAAACAACUUCUUUACAUGGAGACUUACUCAAGGAGGGAAAAUGUAAAAUUUGUGGGGCUGCUAGAAGAGCAAGUUGACAACAUGAAUGGUGGUGACGAAGAUCACAAUGGCGCGCAAGCAAAAAUAGAAGAUACAAGAGGGAUUAUCUAUAAAUUUCUCGAACAUCAACUAAAGAUUCCAAAUGCGCGACAAAAAAUUGAAUUCCAAAGGCUUCACCGCUUAGGAAAAUCGAAAAAUGGAAGCUCGCGUCCUAUCAUUGCACGAUUUUUACGUUAUGGGGAUAAGGAACUAGUGAUGGAUCAGGCCCGGAAACAUCUGAAGGACACGGAAUUCCAUGUCUACGAUGACAUCCCAAAAUUAUUGUACGACUCAAGGAAAGGACAAAUGAAGAAGUUGCAGAAGGCCAGAGAAAAAGGCUUUACCGCCUAUUUCAGUAAAGCUCAGCCAGACAAACUGUAUGUCAACGGAAAGUACAUUGCCCCUGGUGAACCAAUAGAGUGAUAUCCUUUUCAAUAAUAAGUUUUUCUCUGCGAAUGCCAAAUAAUCUAUUUGCAGCUACUUUUCCACUUAUUUAACGCUUUUUUUUUCAACCUUUUAUUUAUAACGAUGUCAGGGAGUUCUAUUUAUAGGAACAUCGAUCGGGCUAUUACCAAAAGCGACGGAACCCAAAAGGAUUUAUUACUGUAAUAUGUGUCUGUAUCUGUGUUUAUGUUCUUCUGUGUGUUAUUAUCCGUCCUUUUCAUGUACCUUGUACAAUUUGCAAAUAUCUAGGCCUAGUUAUAAUGCUAAAUUAUAUAGCUGCUCUCUUGACACUCUCAACAAAGGAUUUCCUUUCUCACCUUUUCACCAUGGAACCUGAUGAUAUGGUAAUUUGCUCCCUAAACGUCAAAGGUUUGUCAAACAAACUAAACAGAGAGAAACGUUUUUAUGGUUAAAGAAAAAAAGUUCUGUAUUUACUUUUUGCCAGAGGUGCAUACAGUGUAGCACAAAUGAGACAGAAUCUUAUUGGCAUUCUGAAUGGGGAUAUUCAACUAUUUUUACAACCUUCUCAAGCUCUAGGGCAGGUGUUGCUAUACUGUUCAACAACAAUUUUCAAUUUUAAAUUCUGAAACAUUUUGCUGACCCCGAAGGGAGGUUUAUUAUUGCAGACAUAGAUACUGGGCACAAAAUUAUGAAACUAGUAAACGUCUACGCGCCUAACGAGGACAAUCCAGCCUCUUUUAGAAACGUGUGUGACAAGCUGUGCUCCUUUGAAUGUGAUUUUGUAGUCUUUGGUGGCAACUUCAAUUAAGUUUGUGAUGGUUCUAAAGACAAAAAAGGGGGUGUUGCCACGACACACUUGAAAUCUACAGAUGAAGUAGAGGCUAUCAGAGACGAUCUGAACUGGCUGAUCUUUGGUGCGUACUAAACCCUGAGGCCACGCGUUUUACGUGGAGAAGGGAAAACCCUGAGAUCCAAUGCCAAUUAGAUUUCUUCCUCAUUAGUUUUUCUUUUUGCCCAGAGAUCACGGAAGCCGACAAAGUGCCUGGUUAUCAAACAGACCACUCAAUGAUUACAUUUCGCAUAAGCACAGCCCAAAACCCCAGAGGACCAGGUUAUUGGAAAUUAAACACACACCACCAAACUGAAACCCAAUACACUGAGUUGAUACAAACAACUAUCACUGAUUUGUGUAAGGAAUAUGAAGGCCAGAGUGAAGUUGACGAGAUUUUAUUAUUGGACGUCAUCAAAAUGAAAAUUAGAGAAGCCUCUUUAAAUUAUGCCGCAGCCAGGAAACGGCGUCUGGAAAAUAGAGAAAAUCAGUUAGAAGAAGAAGUUUUAGCACUCGAGAAUAAGCUUGACGAACGUAAUGUAUCAGACAUAGUGAAAGAAAACAUACGGACUGAACUCAGAAUUAAGAAACAGCUAAUAGAAGAAAUAAUCGCCUACAAAACUCAAGGGGCUAUUCUUAGAUCAAAAGUGAAAUGGUAUAAUGAAGGAGAAAAGAAUACAAAAUAUUUCCAUAAUCUGGAGAAGCGGCACUUUAAUAAUAAAACCAUUAGGUACCUCCAAAGCGCAAAUGGAAAGAAGUUUUCGACGGACGAAGAGAUUCUAGACGAAGCAAAAACUACUAUGAGCAUCUUUACACGACUACAAGUGUUGAUGUCAGUGAUUAUGAUAAUCUUUUUUUCCCUGAGGUUACUGAAACAAAGCUAGGUAAUAAUCAAAAAGAAUCUUGCGAAGGCCUACUGUCAGCAACGGAAUGCUUAGAGAGUCUAAAAACAAUGGAAUCGGGUAAAUCGCCUGGGACGGACGGUUUUCCAGCAGAAUUUUAUAAAGUUUUUUGGGACGAUUUGUCUACAUUUUUACUCGCCGCUUUAAACUCGUCUUUUACCCAGGGUCACCUUUCCAUCUCGCAGCGCAGGGGAUUGAUAACCCUGAUACCAAAGAAAGACAAACCGCUACAGCAUCUAAAAAACUGGAGACCUAUAAG